AUGUGGUACAAGAAAGCAGAACAAGGAAAGAGAAUUGGUGCCUUUUAUGUAAUGAACAGUGUCACACUCAUCGCUGCUGGAAUCAUAUCUUAUGCUGCUUCAUUUGCAAAGACUGCCUUUGCAUCUUGGAGAAUCUUUCUUCUUUGUAUGGGGCUUGUUACAGUUUUCUGUGGUAUAUGUGUAUUUCUGUUCCUACCUGAUUCCAUUGUAAGAAGCAAAGGAUUUACGGACGAAGAAAAAGUUGCUGCUCUCCUUCGAGUCAAGGAUGAACAGAGUGGAACUCAGAAUAGCAAGCUGAAACGAUAUCAAAUGGUUGAGGCUGUCAGCGACCCUAAAGUAUGGUUUGUUGUCCUUUCUGUUUUUCUCUUUUCAAUUCCAAAUGGAGCCAUCACUGUAUUUAAUUCUAUAAUUAUCAAUAGUUACGGCUUCGGCUCCCAAGAAACUUUGAUUGUUGGAGCACCUGCUGGUGUGGUGACGGGAGCCGCUGUUAUCAUUAUCCAGUACUACUCAGACAAAACUCAAAACAGGACACUCAUCAGCAUUUGGUAUUUUAUUCCCUCUAUUGUUGGUCUAGCAAUCAUGAUUGCUCUUGGUGAUCGAGAAAAGACUCUUAGUAUGAAAGCUGGGCUAUUGAUAGCCAGCUACUUGUCUCAAGUUUUUGGUGGCGGAUUGGCACUGUUUUUAUCGUGGAAUGCCUCUAAUAUUGCAGGACAUUCGAAGAAAGCUUUAGUCAACGCAUUAACGUUUAUUGCAUUUCCUCUGGGAAACAUCUUGGGAACGCAAACUUUCCAAAAUAAAGAUGCCCCAAUGUAUAUUCCUGGAAAAAUCAGUAUAAUGGCAUGUCUCUGUGCUCAGGUGGUUGUUUCAACAGUUUGGUUCUUCGUCAAUAAGUACUACAAUAAAAAGAAACAAACAUUUUUAGAUACCUUGAAUGUAUAUGAGUACGAGGGUCUACGUAUGAAAAUGGAGUUCUCCGAUGAAACUGAUAUGAGAAAUCCCUUUUUCAAGUAUACUAAAUAG